GAUCUAGUGGUUCAACAAGAAAUAUAUCACUUUCCUGCUUGUGAUUUAAAAUGAAUUAAUUACCAUUAAUGAUUGUUACUAUGUUGUUUAGGGAUUUUACUACUUACGUUCGUUGAGAGCAUUGGAUUUGUGUUCAUUCUGGAUUAUUGGAUUGUCGUCUUUCUUUGCGUAAUUUAUUUUCUCUUUUGGAGUGGUUAUUUGCCAUUACCCGCUAACUAAGAGUUUAUUGCUGUUCUACAGGCUCUACAUUUGAUUUACUGAUUAAAAUCAUUCAUUUUUUUAUCAAUUGCUUUUGCAUUAUCGUUGAGAUAAAAACUGUUGUGGGUGAAAUCAAUGAAAGCACAACUCACCAAUUUCAGUGUCAAUAUACAGGCAACAUUAAUUUGCGCUGUGAUUGAAUGUGGAUCAAAGAAUUAGUUGCCUUAAAAAAUAAACUCAAAUAAGGAAAAGGAAGACUGUUACAAAAAUAAUAUUGUGAUAAAAAAAUAUUGUUGCCGCAUAGUGUCAGCUAUGCACUCAACUUUCUAGUAAGAUUUUUGUCCCUGAAAGUGGAGAUAACUGUGUGAGAAUGCCAAAGAAAGGUAACCCAACAGCAAGUGACAGCAAUUUCAAGGAGCCAAGGCCAGUUCCAAGGAUUAAGUUGUUUAAGGAGGAAAGGCUGAAUCUGUUUGAUAUUCUCAAAGAUGCUGAUAAGCCUCUUCACAAAGACUACAGAUACAAGAAGGAUGAGAUAUUCAAAAGGAUGAAGGUUACCACAUUCGUGCAGCUGGUGGUGCAAGUUGCAGAGUAUGACAUGACUGGGACUCCAUCAUACAAUGGUUCAGAGCGCCCGGACACAGCUGAUGAUGAGGUAUAUAGGAUCCAGCGUGGGGGAGGGGACAGAUCACCUGCCCCGUCCCUGGCCCUUACAGAAGGGGACUUUGGGGCACCCGCCCCCAUGGCAACCAACAGAUCUACUUUGCAGGGUGUGAUAAAAGGUGAAGGAGAGCUGGACAGGAACCGAGCCCAGAACAACGGUUCCCUGGAGAGGAAGGUGCUGGAUGGGUGUCCCUACUUGCUUCUGGACAUUAGAGACAAGGACAGCUUUGACCAGUGUCACAUCAUCACAGCGAAAAAUUAUCCAUCAGCCAUGUUGUCAAGAGCCUGUAACUAUGAAACGAAAGACAUGUUGGCAUUCAGAAAUCAACCCGGGAAGAUCAUCAUAGUGUACGACGAGACAGAGCAACUUGCCCCCAAUUGUGUCUCCACUCUAGUCCAGAGAGGAUAUGACAACAUCUUCCUUCUCUCAGGAGGAAUGAAGGUUGCCUACAAGAUAUUCCCCGAGGGCUUGUUUACCGGUCACCCACCAGUGGCUGUGACGGAGACCCCCCGGCAACCAAAUCGUACAUACGAGUCCGCCAACAGAGAGAAGUUCACAAUGGAGGACCUGGAGAAGAUUGGCAUCUAUCUGGAUAAUGCUCUCUGUGAUAAAAGCUCUGGAAGUCGAUUAUCAAAGGCCAGUACAGCCUCUAGUAGGAUGAGCAAUUUCUCCACUGCUCGUAGCACGAAGCCUUCACAAACCGUGGCGACUGGAAGAGCCUCCCAUCAGACACCUUUUAAACCUUGAUACUUUCAUCUUUAGAAUUAUAGGAUCACAUCAUCAUUCAAGGGAGAAAACUUCUGCAUUGGAAUACGUGACUGUGAUACACAAUUGUCUCCCUUCAAGAAUUAUGUUGUAAUACAGAUGAAUAAUUUUGUGCUAUCAAAAUAUUAUUAAUUGAGGCAAUGACAUGCUAUGGGUUGAAUAGUAUUAUAUUAAAAACAAUGGUUGGUUGAAUGAGAUUAUAAAAAAUAAACAUUUAGUAUUUUUCAAUUUUUAGCUCGGCUGUUUUUAGAGAAAACCCAAGGUAUUGUCAUAGCCAGCUUGUCGUAGUCUGCGUCGUGCAAAAACCUUAACAUUUUGUCAAGGUUUUGAAUAUUGGCUCUAAAAUCAAAGUGUUUCCAUCUUCAACCUUGAAACUUCAUAUUAGCUGCACCUUGAUGAGUUCUACACACCACACCCAUUUUUGGUUCUCUAGGUCAAAGGUCAAAGUCACUGUGACCUAAAAAAAAAAUUAUGGAAAAAAAAAUUACAAGCAUUCAUUUAUUAAAAAUGCACCCGCAGCCGAGGGUUGGCACCCAUUAUGCGGUGCUCUUGUUAAUAAUACUACUGGGUCAAUUGAGAAACAUAUGCUUCUUGACUAUAUUGACCUUUUUUAUUAAUUCAACAGUAUUUUAAGUGUGGUGAUAACACUGUGCACAAUGUAAACAAAAAAAAAGAACUUUUGUGUUUUUGUUUAGUAAAUACAAAUUUCUGCACAGGCUAUCCUUUUGCAAUCCAUAUCAGUAUGCCUUUACUGCCUGCGAGUCAAGAAUGCUGGUGGCAGUAUGACUGGUGAUUGACUGCUGCACUUGUUAAUGUGACUAAAGCACAACGUUACUGUAUCAUUGUAUGAAAAAAUUACUGACUCAAACUGUACCAUACCAUUUCUUCUCCAUCCCGUACCAUACCAUUUCUUCUCCAUCCCGUACCAUACCAUUUCUUCUCCAUCAUCCUUGUGCUUCAUGUUUUAAUACUUUGUGCAUGUGUUAUAUUUCUUGGAAAACCCCUGGUGUAGCCAAUUUUUUUCAGUGCAGUAUUCCACACUUUCGGACUUGUACCGUGAUACUCUCUGUUUUAUUUUAUUGGAGCAGAUUUAUGAAAAGUCCUGUUUAAUGUUUAGCAGUGUGUUUAAUUGAUGAAUUAAUAUCUUAUUUUCAAAAAAGGAAUGGCAGAUUAUUUAUGUAUAUACAAUUCUGGAACAAAAGGGUGUUGUUUUUUACAAUCUUCAUAUUAACUGUUAAAUACUUUAUUUUAGUUAAUUUAAAUGUUCCAAUGUAUCAAUUCUAUGAUUUUGUCCAUGGUAGACUAACUUAAGUAAUGGGAAAGAACAUAUUUUACUUGUGAGGUCUAACAAUAAUGUAUUUAUUUGUAAAUUUAUGUAUUAAUAUUUAUUUAUGUUUCUGUGUUUUAUAUGUAGUAUUAUUUGUUUAUAUCAUAAGCAUUAUAUAAUUUGCAAUUACACCCACUUUUAAGAACAAGAAAAUAUUGUAUGUGUAUUACAAUACCAUACCAGUAUUCCACAAAUGUUAUUAGAGAAAUAUUUGAUCCAAUUUUGAUAUUAUGAUUAUUUAAUUCAACUCAAACAACUGAUGAAAUGGGGCUAGUUUUCAAACCCUUAAAAUAAAAUCGUCCAAUGGGUGGGCUCCAGCACAUUUCCAGUCAUGUGACCUAGGCUUGCCUUUGGUAAUUUAUUACCACACAUAUGUUGCAUCAAUUUUUUUCUGUGUCCUUUCUUAAGCUAUGGAUUAUUAUUUUGUUUUUGUUGUUUUCACCACAUUCCGGCGAGGAACAUUCUCUUCUUGAGGUUAUAAUGAUUUUCCUGUAACAUCUGGUGGCGGAAUAUAUGGAUUAUGGGAUCUUGCCAGGAAAGACUUUCACUUUUGAUGUUUAAUGGAAAAUCAAUGGGUACAGCCUGCAUAGGCUUAGGCUUUAAUUAAUACUGGCUAUGGAUGUGAGAAAUGUAGAGUUGAUCAAGAUUUAUAUGUGAGAAAUGUUCUGUUGAUCAAAAAAGAUUUAUGAUUGUUAUAUAUGAUGUGUGUGCAUGUAUGGUGUAUGUAAAGAUGUUGGUGACAUUUGAAAAGGCCCCUGGUUCAGAUCCACUUCUGUAUCAGUUGUAAUCCGAAGGAGGCAAUAUAUAAUCAAAAUAUAACUAUUUAUUAUUAUUAAGUAUGGCAAAUACCUCUUGACUAACACAAAAUUACUAGUGUCCGUUUUGUAAGUGUGUAAAACCAUUGAUUAAAAUAUUAACAUAAAUUGUUAUAAGAAUAUUUUGAAGUAACGUGAUGAAUUUUUACUGGCUAGUAUUUUCAUGAAAAGUUAUACUAUUUCCAAAUCAUGGCCUAUAUUUUAUCAUUUUUGAAUACAAUAAUCGACCUAUGAGAGACCACCAAGUAUUAUUCUGCUCAGUGUUUUGUGUUCAAACUCUAUUUUCCCACAAUGUGCUUUGAAUAUAAAAGUUUGUACAUGUUUUUGUCAUAAAACAAAUAAAAUACCUGUUCAACUAAA